UUUUUUGUCCUAGUAGAAAAUGACAUUCAAAGGUCAUACCAAGGAUGGAAAGGGAUCCCCAAAGAGAAAGCAUUCGGACAUGGACAGUUCCACUGAUAGUGCUAAGAAGGAUAGGAAAAUAAAAAAGAUCAGGCGGGAGACAGAAUCGCCAGCUCAAAGGACAGCAGAGAUUAAAAAAGCAACCCAGACACCAGAUGGAAAGGAUAAGCUAUCCAAGUUUUCAGACAAGAGGAGGCCAAGUGCCAAGAAACCAGUUCCCAAGUCAAAGGAGAAUUCCGUUGGUAAGCCAGGUCAGAAGGGAGGCAAGUCAUUCCCAAAGAAGGGGAACUUCAAGAAAGAUAAGGAUAAACCCUGGAAAGGAGGACAGAAGCACAAAGGAGGCAAUGAUGAUAUAGAAAAGAGUAAACGGCCAAAAUUGGAGGAGUUGAAGAAGAAGGAGAGAAAGCAAGUCAGGAAGCAAGUGAAGAGCAACUUUGAACUAGCACAGAAAGCCAAAAAUGCUUGGGAGGUUGUGAGAAAACAUAAUUGCAAACCAGAAACUAGAACCAAGCACAUAACAGAGUUAUGUGAACUUCUUGAUGGGCGAGUAUUGGAUUUGGUGAAGGCACACGACACAGUUCGAGUGAUCCAAUGUUGUGUUCAGUUUGGGACACCUGAGCAGAGGACAAAGAUCUUUGGAGAAGUUAAAGAUCACGUUGUGGAGCUCGUCAAAUGCAAGUACGCCAAGUUCUACGUGCUGAAGAUGUUCCGCUAUGGGUCGAAGGAGCAGCGACAGGCCAUCAUGCAGUCAUUCCAUGGCAAGGUCUGUCAACUGGUGAGGCACAAGGAAGCUGCAGAAGUGCUGGAGGAAGCCUACAACAACCACGCCAAUGCCAAGGAUAGGUCAGCUCUCUUGGAGGAAUUCUAUGGAGCAAGAUUUGCUGUCUUCAAGUCCUCAGAUGUACACAGCCUUGAGGAAAUCCUUGAGAAAGACCCAACCCUCAGACAAGGCAUCAUGGAUCAUAUGCUUAAAACACUCACUCCUCUGCUUGAUAAGACUGUUAUCAAGCACACUAUCGUACACAAAGCCAUAUAUGACUUCUUGCUUCAUGCCCCAGAUAAAAUGAGAGCAGAGCUAAUUGAAGCUAUGAGGGAUGUUGUAGUUCAGAUUCUUCACACCCAGGAUGGGGCACGGGCAGCUAUGCAUUGUCUCUGGUUUGGCACAGCAAAGGAUCGCAAAGUGCUCAUCAAGUCCUUCAAAACCUUUGUUCUGAAGAUCUGCAAGGAAGAGUUUGGACACAAAGUACUUUUUGCACUCUUUGAUUGUGUAGAUGAUACCAAGAUUGUUAGCAAAGUCAUCAUUGAGGAAAUGAUGAAGAAUGCAUAUGAAGUAGCGACGGAUCAGUACGGACGGAAAGUCUUGCUAUACCUGUUAGCUCCAAGAGAUGCUUCUCACUUCCAUCCAGAUCUUGUAAAGCAACUACAGAAAGGGGAUGGUAACCAAAUCAGUAAAAAGGACAGUGGCAUGAGAAGAAAGGAGCUGUUGGAAGCUGUAUCUCCUGCUCUACUGAAGCUUCUCAUCACCCACACCAAGGAGAUGGCUUACAGUAAAUCAAAUAGUCAACUAGCACUGGCUAUGCUUCAACAUAUACAUGGUGAUAAGAAUGCAGUAUACAGCAUGUUAGCCACACUGGCAGCUGAGGAGCUCAUUCCAAUCCUGGUUAAUGAUCCUAGUAAGAUGGAUGAUAUGCACAUUGUUGAGCAUCCAUCUGGGCAUCUUCUCUUCAAAAGGUUGUUGGCUUAUGAGAAAACAGAGAGAGAAAAAGGAGAUGUGCAAAGCUCACUAUCGAGUUGUCUGCUAGAGGAGUUAUCAGAUGAAAACAUCAAAUCUUGGCUCAGGAUAAAUAGAGGGGCCUUAGUCUUGGUCAGCCUUGCGGAUUGUGGAAAUGCAGAUGCCACAGAGAGGAUACGCACAGUGUUGCAGGAAUCACACAAGAGCGUUGCCAAGUUUACAUCGAAUGCAGUCCAGAUUCUAAAAGAGAAGUUGGACCUCAAAACUUGAUACUUUACAUGUGCAGUCAUUUUAUGGAAUGGUAAAGGUUUCAUGUAGAAGAUGGAUUGAUAAUCGUUUGUCUACCAAGUUGUACUAUUCCUUGAGACUUUGUACAUGCACUUCCAUUUGGAAACACAAUGUUAAGAUAUGGGUGGCUGGUACACAGUCAGUACGUACGUGCCUUUACAGUUUCUGAUUGCAAUGCAUUAUGGGGUAGAAUUCAAGUAUGCUGAGAAGCAAGUGGGAUGAUCAAAAGAUGUACAGUCCCAUCGAAAGUUGUCUCAUUCUUUCCUUAUUUUUGUUCCCUUCAUAUUAAUGAAAAACGUUGCAAGAGUAUAAACCAAAUAAAAAGGGGUCAUAAAUUGAUCAAAUCAGUGAUCAAAAUUGUGUUGGUUAUCAGUGUUUCAAUGAUCAAGCUAGCUAUCACAUACUUGAAUUUGUCUCAAAAUGCGCUGCCAUGCAAGAACAGUAAAGACACAUUUAAGAUUUUUAGAAUGCUUGAUCUGAAAAAAUAGUCAGAAAAUAAAUGUUUGAAUCAGUCGUAUUUGGAACUGUUCUAAUGCAUGCCUGGAGGUGACUCCUCCACCAGGCUAUAACAGGUCCAUGAAACGGUUUAUUUCCAAUUGGUCUAAUGCCAAUUCGUCUACUAUCAUUUGGUCUAUCAUCAAUUCAUCCACUAUCCACAUGGUCUAAUUGCGAUUUCGUCCACUCACCAUUUUGUCUAAUAAGCAGUUGGUCCAAUAACCAUUUAGUCCAUAAACCAUUUGGUCUGAUUGGAUAAGUGUUAAUUGGGCGAAAUGAAUGAAAAGAAAAUGGGUAUUACACCAACUGGUUAUUAGACAAAAUGGUCGUAGAUGAACUGGUGAAUAGACAAAAUGAUUAUUGGACCAAAUGGUUGUUAGACGAAAUGUUGAUGGACGGAAUGGCAUUAGCCUAAAUGAAGGUAGACCAUGUGAUGAAUGGACGAGUUGGCAAUAGACGAAUCGGCUGUUUACACAUGAAAUGGUCAGGAUGAACUUGAAGAUCUGAAUAACUCAGCUCCUCUGAAUCUAUUCUGACUUGGAAUAUUGAUUAGUCUGCGAUGGACAAUAAAAUGGGUUGUUAAAGGUUAAUUAGGAAAUGGGUUAAACUCUAAAAGAUUUUUUUUUUCAUCUUGUUGAAACAUCAUUGAAUGGCUGGCAAAGAUGUCUGCUCCAUGUCAAAAUGGACCGCACAGAUAUAAAAUACAUCGCUUUGCUGCUCCUGAAUUUAAAAAAAAAAAAUCUUAGUUCAGCCUGGGCGGCCGCAUCAUCAACAUCAAAUCUUAACCUAAGGUUAUGUUUUUGAAAUGUCAUCAUUACUUAGAAAGUAUAUGGACCUAGUUCAUAAAACAUACAUAUAAGGGUAAUAAAGUAUUACUGAACAACCUGCCAGAGUUUCAGGUCACAUGACCAAGGUCAAAUGUCAUUUAGGGUCAAUGAACAAUGGGCAUGUUGGGGGUAUUUGUUGAAUUACCAUCAUUACUCAAAAUAUUUAUGGAGCUAUUUCAUAAAACUUGGACAUAAGAGUAAUCAAGUAUCACUGAACAUCCUGUGCAAGUUUCAGGUCACAUGACCAAGGUCACAGGCCAUUUAGGGUCAAUGGACUUUGGCCAUGUUGUAGGUAAUUGUUUUAUUGCCAUCAUAACUUAAGAAGUUUAUGGAUAUAUUUAAUGAAAUGUGGACAUAGGGGUGAUCCAGUAUUAUAGCUCAUCUUGCACAAGUUGUAGCUCACUUGAUCAAGGUCAAAUGUCAUUUAGGGUAAAUGAACGUAGUAGCAUAUUAUUAUAUGAAUGGUGUGUUUUGUGAAUAAUUAUUUUAUAGUCAUUUUCAAAGUCAGCACUGCUGCUAUAUUGAUUCAGGUAAUACAGGCGAGACUGUCAGAGGCGCUCCACUUGUUUCCCCCAAAAUCUUCAUAUUUUAGACAAAUUAAGAAUAAAAACUUGACAAAAGCAUUUCAUAUUUUUGCUAGUUCUCAACACAAACAUUUCAGAUUAGGUAUACUUUUUUGUUCAGUGGUGACAUAUGAUAGAAAAUGUAAUAUAAAUCAUAGAUUUGACAUUUAUAUAUUUCUAUGAAACAAUGCUUGAAAAUAAUAACAAUAGAAUACAUUUGGCACAAAUAUUUUUUUUUUUCUUCAAAGAAAAUUCCACCUGAAAUAUACUUUAAUCCCAACAGCAUCCAAAUCAUGUGAAAGAGCUUAAUACACUCUUUCAUUUGAUACCAAAUUUGUCAUGGUAGUAUUUAUAUUUCUAAAGAUUAGUAAAUUUUACGCUGUUUGGCAAGUGAACAAUUUUCACUGAAUUCCAUGGGUGUAUGUAAACUUUUGGCCUCAAUUGUAAUUAUGGAUGUCCAUAUUGUAUACUCAGUUUAAAUUGUAUUGAUUGAUCUGAUAAAGAUCUGAUAAAUCAGAUCUUUAUCAGAUCAAUCAAUGUGACCUUAUUUAUUGGGUAGAAGCCAAAAAAAAAAGAAUAUACAAUCCCAAAGCCUUAACACUCCAUAUGGAUAUGCAUAUCGAUUUUUUCAUUUUAAACAAUCAUUAACUUUUGAUCGCAUUGCCAAUUUUUAGUGUGUAAUGAUUGGUCUUUUAUUGUAUUUGUUUAUAAUGAAUGUAUGUAGCUCAAAGUAAUUAGCCUACCAUUUCACAUGAUCACUUGUGCAUGGUUCCAGUAACAUCAUCAAGCUAUCAUUUGUAGCUUAUGAUGUGAACCACUUUUGUCAUCACUCCCCUCCCCGCCCCAAUCCAAUUCACAGUCAACUCAGAAGAUGAUGUAAAAUUAUUCAUUGGAAUACAAUGUAAUUCUAGUUUUGCAAUAAGAUCAAGGUGAGGGCUCAUUUUUGUAUUAGAAUAUUAUUGUCAAAUUGUUCUCUUUGCUAUCCUUUACAUCAAAAUUAGAACAUAGUGUAUUAUAGUUUGAAGUUAAUGAUAAUAAAAACAAUACAGGUUUCAUAUAA